CAGAGGUAGGGAGGUCGGGGAUGGCUUGGAAUUCCAGCAGAAAUUAGCGAACAUCCUCCAGCGCUGGCAGUGCCGGGUGAAUCCCCUCUCGCGUCUGCUUGCUUGAUCCAUGCUGCACUGAAGAACCUCCAGGAGAAAUAAUAAUGACGCGGAACAAGUUAACCAUACUUUUCAUAAAGCUGUGCUGGACAGCGUAUGUGGUGACAGCCAUUCACAGGAAAGACAUGUUUCCGUAUGGGCCACUUAGCGGCGAUUUAACGCUCCAAGAAGGAGACGAUGAGACCGCAAAAGUAGUUUUAACAAGACCGAUGAGUUUUUAUGAAGCCUCAUUCAGCAAUCUCUACGUAGCGACCAACGGCAUCAUCUCCACGCAGGAGCUGCCGAUGGAGAAGCAGUACGUGGACGACGGCUUCCCCACCGACUUCCCGGUCGUCGCGCCCUUCCUGGCCGACCUGGACUCCAGCCGGGGCCGCGGCACCAUCUACUACCGCCAGACCGAGUCGCCCACUGUGCUCAACCGCGUGGCCUCCGAGGUGCAGAGGGGCUUCCCCGCGGCCGGCUUCACGCCCACGCACGCCAUCGUGGCUACAUGGGAGGACCUCGGCGCCUACGAGGAAGGGUCACGCAGUGCCAGCAGCACUGGCAGGGUGAACACGUUCCAGGCGGUGGUUGGCUAUGACGAGGUGGACACGUACGCCAUCUUCCUCUACCCCAAGGACGGCCUCAACUUCUUCGGCACACGGCCCAAGGAGUCCUACAAUGUGGAGAUCGAGCUGCCCGCGCGCGUGGGCUUCAGCCGCGGAGAGGUCACCUUCCUCUUCUUCUCACGCCAAGAAGGACCCUACUACAGCGUCACUACCAACGAGCAGUCCGUCAAGAACCUCUACCAGGUUGGGAACACAGGCACACCUGGCGUGUGGCUCUUCCACAUUGGCAACAGCUACUCCUUUGACACGGUGAUCCCGGCGGCAGUGGGCGGCGUGCUUGCCACAGCGCCCCCAUUUGCCCUGGAGGGGGAACAGCAGGCCACCACCCCUGACUACCCUGAUUACUCAGACUACCCAGAGUUCCAGGGCCCCACGCUGCCCGAGUUUGUGGAGGCCGAGCCCGGUUCCGACCCGUCUCUGCUGCAGGCGCCCGACCAGCCUGAGUCCCAGGGGCAGAUCUUGGGCGAGGAGGACGAGGACAACACCCCGACUAUCACCAGCGUCCCCGAGAGCCCCGAGAGCCCCGUGGUCUCAGAGUCGGGCCCUGCACCGUACCCGUACGCCCCUGAACCCCGAAACAGGCCCCCGGAGGACUCGGGGGUGCCCCAGGCCCAGCCCCAGCCCCCUCGGCCCGUUCCGGAGCACACCAUCCUGCAGGUGUACCCCAAUAGGGAGGAGGGUCCCGGGGCCGCGCCUCGUAACACCCCUAUCAGCCCCCUGGACGUGGUGGAGAGCAUCGACUUUGACACCGGGGUGGUGCAGUAUAAUAUCGACAACAAGGAGUCGUGUGAGCGCGGUGGCCAGACGUGUUCCCAGAAUGCCUACUGUUCAGACUACGCCACCGGCUUCUGUUGCCACUGCCGCUCCGGUUUCUACGGCAACGGCCGCCACUGCCUGCCAAACGGUGCGCCCCACCGCGUGAAUGGCAAGGUGAGCGGCGUGGUGCGCGUGGGCUCCACUCCGGUGCAGCUGAACGGCGUGGACAUGCACGCCUACGUGGUGGUGGGCGACGGGCGGGCCUACACCGCCAUCAGCGAGGUGCCCGAGCCCGUGGGCUGGGCACUGAUGCCCGUGGCGCCCAUAGGCGGCCUGUUCGGAUGGCUCUUCGCCCUCGAGCUGCCCAACAGCCUGAAUGGGUUUGCAGUCACCGGUGCUGAGUUUGUGCGUCAUGCGGACGUGACCUUCUACCCGGGUAACGAGCGUCUGAGCAUCAUCCAGACGGCGCGGGGGCUGGACGGGGAGAACUACCUGAGCGUCGACACCCAGAUCCAGGGCAGCGUGCCCUUCAUCCCCCCCGGGGGCACCGUUCAGAUGGAGCCCUACAAGCAGACCUUCCAGUACUACCCUUCAGUGAUCACCUCCACGUCGGUGCGUGAGUUCACGGUGGUGUCGGCGGAGAGCGGUGCCGAGACCUUCUCGUUCCAGCUGCGGCAGAACAUCACGCACCCGCAGUGCCAGCACGGGCCCCGCAGCGGACCCGAGACGCAGGAACUCAGCGUGGAGCGCAUCUUCGCCAUGUACAUCAAGGAGGAACGCAUCCUGCGCUACGCCAUCACAAACAAGAUUGGGCCCAUCGGAGCGGGUGUUCCUGACUCGGUGAACCCGUGCUACAGUGGCAGUCAUGACUGUGACACCACGGCCCGCUGCAUCCCCGGGGAGGGACAGGCCUACCAGUGCCAGUGUGCCACAGGAUACCGUGGAGAUGGACGCAACUGCUACGACAUUAACGAGUGUUCGGAGCAGCCCAGUCCCUGUGGCGUCCACUCGGUGUGUGAGAAUCUCCAGGGGAGCCAUCGUUGCCGUUGCCAACCGGGAUACGAGUUUGGAUUCGACGGCCGCACCUGCAUAGACAUGGACGAGUGCCGGUCGACGCCGUGCCACGGCCAGGCGUCCUGCUCCAACACCCUAGGCUCCUUCCAGUGCCGCUGCCGCACCGGUUACCAUGGAGACGGAUUCCAGUGCCGCUCUCAGACCGAGCCUGAGCGCCCCAAGACGCAGUGUGAGCACCACAGGGACAGCAUCCAGGGCUCUCAAGAUGGCUUCUCCCUCCUGGGCGCCUUUGUCCCCGAGUGCGAUGAGCAAGGUCAGUACCGGCCGCUCCAGUGCCAUGGUUCUACGGGUCACUGCUGGUGCGUGGACAGCCAGGGACAGGAGAGAACCGGCACCAGGGCGCCCCCUGGGUCAUCCAGACCAAACUGCGACGAACCAGUUCUUCCAGAGCGUCCCAAGACCCAGUGUGAACACCACAGAGACAGUGUCCAAGGAUCUCAGGGCGGACUGGGAGCCUUCGUGCCUCAGUGUGACGAACAGGGUCAGUACCGGCCGCUCCAGUGCCACGGCUCUACGGGUCACUGCUGGUGCGUGGACAACCAGGGGCAGGAGAGAGCCGGCACCAGAACCCCUGCAGGCACACCUCCCACUAACUGUGACCAACCAGAGCGUCCCAAGACCCAGUGUGAGCACCACAGGGACAGUGUCCAGGGGUCUAAGGACGGCUUCCCUGUUGUAGGAGCCUUUGUCCCCGAGUGUGAUGAACAGGGCCAGUACCGGCCGCUCCAGUGCCACGGUUCUACGGGUCACUGCUGGUGCGUGGACAACCAGGGACAGGAGAGAGCUGGCACCAGGGCGCCCCCUGGGUCAUCCAGACCUAACUGCGAUCAACCAGAACGCCCCAAGACACAUUGUGAGCACUUCAGAGACCACGGUUCUCAAGGCGGACCUGGAGCCUUCGUCCCCGAGUGUGACGAGCAGGGUCAGUACCGGCCGCUCCAGUGCCACGGCUCUACAGGUCACUGCUGGUGCGUGGACAACCAGGGACAAGAGAGGGCCGGCACCAGGGCACCCCCUGGGUCAUCCAGACCAAACUGCAAUGAGCCAGAGCGCCCCAAGACACAUUGUGAGCACCACAGAGUCCAGGGUUCUCAGGGCGGACCGGGAUCCUUUGUCCCCGAGUGUGAUGAACAGGGCCAAUACCGGCCGCUCCAGUGCCACGGCUCUACGGGUCACUGCUUCUGCGUGGACAGCCAGGGACAGGAGAGAGCCGGCACCAGAACGCCCCCUGGGUCACCCAGACCAAACUGCGAUGAGCCAGAGCGCCCCAAGACACAUUGUGAGCACCACAGAAUCCAGGGUUCUCAGGGUGGACUGGGAGCCUUCGUGCCCGAGUGUGAUGAACAGGGCCAAUACCGGCCGCUCCAGUGCCAUGGCUCUACGGGUCACUGCUGGUGCGUGGACAGCCAGGGACAGGAGAGAGCCGGCACCAGGGCGCCCCCUGGGUCACCCAGACCAAACUGCGACCAACCAGAGCGUCCCAAGACCCAGUGUGAGCACCACAGGGACAGUGUCCAGGGUUCACAGGACGGAUUCCCUGUAGCAGGAGCCUUUGUCCCCGAGUGUGACGAACAGGGUCAGUACCGGCCGCUCCAGUGCCACGGGUCUACGGGUCACUGCUGGUGCGUGGACAACCAGGGACAGGAGAGAGCUGGCACCAGGGCGCCCCCCGGGUCAUCCAGACCAAACUGCAAUGAGCCAGUUCGUCCAGAGCGUCCCAAGACCCAGUGUGAACACCACAGAGACAGUGUCCAGGGUUCUCAGGGCGGACCUGGAGCCUUCGUGCCUCAGUGUGAUGAACAGGGUCAGUACCGGGCGCUCCAGUGCCACGGGUCUACGGGUCACUGCUGGUGCGUGGACAACCAGGGACAGGAGAGAGCCGGCACCAGAACAGCGCCGGGCUCCGCUCCUACCAACUGUGAUGCUCCAGUCGUGGUGCGUCCGACACAGCGUCCGGAGUCGGUGUGUGAACGCUGGCGCGCCAGCCUGGUCGAGCACUACGGCGGGCAGCCCGACCCUCGCCAGUACCUGCCGCAGUGCGACGCCGGCGGGGAGUUCAGCCCCGUGCAGUGCUACGGCGAUAGCAGCUACUGCUGGUGUGUGGACCGCGACGGACGAGAGGUGCCCGGGACACGAUCCAACGACGCCGUCAAGCCGGCCUGUAUUGCCACUGUGGCCCCUCCCACCACUCGCCCCCUUCCGCGUCCCGAUGUGACUCCGCCCCCAGUGGGCGUGUCCCUGCUGUAUGCGCAGGGCCAGAAGAUUGGUGCUCUCCCCCUGAGCGGCACCCGUAUGAGCAAGGACCAAGCAUCCGUACUACUGCAGCUGCACGGUUCCAUUGUGGUAGGUGUGGCGCAUGACUGCCGAGAGAGGAAAGUCUACUGGACCGACAUUGCUGGCAGAACCAUCAGCAGGGCUGGCAUGGAGGCCGGCUCCGAACCCGAGGUCCUGAUUAACACAGGUCUGACGAGCCCAGAGGGGCUGGCUCUGGACGUGGUGCGCAGGUCUAUGUUCUGGGUGGACAGCACGCUGGACAAGCUGGAGACCAGCAGCCUGGACGGAAGUGGCCGCCGGGUCCUGUUCGACACGGACCUCGUCAACCCCCGCGCCAUUGUGGUGGACUCCGCGUCGGGCACCCUCUACUGGACAGACUGGAACCGCGAGGCCCCGAAGAUCGAGAGCGCCUCUGUGAACGGUCAGAACCGGAAGGUGCUGGUCCGCGAGGGAAUCGGUCUGCCCAACGCACUGACAGUCAACCCUGCCACCCGCCAGGUGUGCUGGGCCGAUGCAGGUACUAAGCAGUUGGAGUGUAUUAAUCCAGAUGGUACGGGUCGCCGUGUUGUGCACAGCGGCCUCAAUUACCCCUUCGCCAUGGUCUUCCACGGCAACCACUUCUACUACACCGACUGGAGAAGGGAUGCCAUCAUUGCCAUGAACAAAGCCACCGGCCAAAUCAUAGACGACUUCCUGCCAGAGCAGAGGUCUCACCUGUAUGGGGUCGCAUUAGCCACGCCCACCUGCCUAUAAGGCUGGGGCUUAAUGACAGAGCAGAGGAGAGCGGAGUGGAGUGGAGAGGAGCGGCAGUCGCAUGGUGCUAUUUUGGGGCGAGUCCUGAAGAGCUCGCCUCGCCUCGCCUCGUGGGAACUCCUCCGAGGGCUUUGGGUUUUGGUGCGCGAUGGGAAGAGAGACGGCACAAGAGAGAUACCAAGCCAACAGGGCCAGGCCA